ACAUCGAAGGCGCAGCGCGGCGCAGCCUAUGUCGUGCACGAGUACGGCCUUUCCCACUCGACAAAUCACGUCCUCAACUCGGUCAUUUACUCAAGUCACUCUCUCACUUUGAUCUGUACAUACCUCAAGUAUUGCAGUCUUAGCAUCAAUCUUUCUGUCUUCCUUUCUUGUAUCGACAGCUUUACUCUCGUCCGCGACUCCCCCUGCGAACCCAAAACGCCCCUCCAAACAGCGCUACCGCCCAUCCUGGCGCAUUCUAGUUUUCGAGCCUGAAUUCCAGGCUGUCAGCGAUGGGCAACAUCAGCAGCAGACUUGAGGAUGGCGCCCUGCUAUACUUGAAGGAUCAAGCGCGCUUCUCCAUCAGUUCCAUUGUCGUCAGCAAUGGCCGGCGGAAGGGUCUUUUGAGUCUUGUGCCCAACGCCUAUCCUGCAUUGCGUUUGCUUGGGAAGCCAGAUGCCGCGGACUACAGACCCAUAUCGUAUAUUCAAGAUCCUGAUUCCUCUGCCCUUUCUUUCCUCCCCAGGCUCGACCUUGAAGAUGAACUUGAAAUCCACUUCACAUUUGUAACACGACAGAACUCCGGCCCCCUCCCUGCCACUCCCUCUACGUCCACCGCCGCUGUAGAUGCAACAAUUACGGGGUUGACCUUCGCCUACGCUCAGAAUGCCAAAGAGCUGGACACCCUCGUGACGCGCGAGUUCCAUGCCGACCCAAAUCUGCACAAGAACUCCAACGUCCAAUUUAUCGGCGACUUCGGGACGAAUGGGAGUCCUGCAGUUACUUACGAAUGGACUUGGCAUUGGAAACCCCCGAAGGCUCAAGAGGACAAGGGAGGAGGUUGGCGCAACUGCUGCAGUUUCCUUGAGUAUGAUUCCAGAGCGCACAGACUGAAUACCCUCGCGUCGUUUUCAUUCUGGGUCCAGAAUACCACCCUCACAACCGGAGUACCACUUGCUUCUCCAGGCCUGGAAAUACCGAUACCACUUCAGAGGCAUAGGAUGCCGUCAUCGCAGUCAUAUCAGUCCGCAGUCAGCGACUCAGAAGGCCCUUCCGAGCCUCAAAUUCCGGCUUCGCCGCAGAUGCGGCCUAAAGACUACAGCUUUAGUGCACCAACCUCGGCGCCUUCGCUGCCUGUUAUCGACGUCCAGUGUGCAAGGCCGGGAGAGGACGUCAGCGCAGUUGACGACGGUCCGGUUUUCAGAGCCACGAUGAAGGCGCUGGAACAGAAGACGGGGACAAUGAAGGUCCAGAUCAAGAAAGUGCUGAAGAAAGCCGAGGCAGCACAGCAGGCCCAGGUGGAGUGCAACCAGGCCAUGGCCGAAUUCUUGAGAGCGCUUCAAGAGGCAUCCAUGUCCAACGCAACGGCCUUCAAGCCCGCCCUCGACCAUUAUUUCCUCAACAUCGCUCAACAGAUUCUAAAAUAUGAGAAGGGAAACAGCACGCUGUUGCAAAAACAAAUCAUCGACCCCAUUUCGAAGCUGUAUAAUAUGGACAUCAAACAAGUCGAAGCGAAGAAAAAGGACUUUGAUGAUGAGAGUCGAGAUUAUUACGCCUAUGUCGGCCGGUAUCUCGGUCAGCGGCAGGACUCUCUCAAGGACAAGAAACGUGCAGAGAGUGAUUCCAAAUAUCAGACAAAGAGGAAGAACUUUGAGCUCAAGCGAUUUGAUUAUUCGACUUUCAUGCAAGAUCUUCACGGCGGGCGCAAAGAACAAGAACUCCUCUCGCAGCUCACCAAAUAUGCCGACGGCCAAGCGAAAGCGUUCCUUGCCACUGCGAAGAAGGUGGAAAGCCUAACCCCGCAGUUAGACGCUCUUGUAAAAGAGGUCUCUGAUGCUGACAAAGAAUACAACCUGCAAAGGACCGAAAGAGAGGAAAAGAGACGGAAUCUCGAGAAGAAUGGGCCGAUUUCCGUGGAUCCAGAUCCGCAUCACCAUCCUCCAGUGGCGUCGACUCAAGUGACGGCACCAAAUGGGCACGGCGGAUAUACCUCAGACACCGACCUUAGCAGGGCCGAUAGCACCAGCUCUCAGUUCGGCCAUGCAUCGAUCAAAACUUUGUCGCCCACCACCAACUCAACAUUGCCCGUGGGAGCUGUCCUUUCAACAUCGCCAAGUGGAACCUCGAUAGUGCCAACACCGAGCAAGUUCAAAGGUAUCCGUGAUCUUGAUGAAAGCUCGGUAUCCACAGCCGACAAAUCUUCUGUUGGACAGUACCGGAAGGAGGGACUGUUGUGGGCAUUAAGCAAGCCUAAUUCCCAUAUUGACCCCAAAGGAGCCUGGCACAAAUUCUGGAUCGUGCUUGAUCAAGGGAAACUCUCAGAAUACAGCAAUUGGAAGGAUAAGUUGGAUUUGCAUCGUGAGCCAAUUGACCUUCGGAUGGCUUCCGUCCGCAUUGCUCGGGAUGCAGAGCGCCGGUUUUGCUUUGAGGUAAUCACACCUCAGUAUAAGCGAGUUUACCAAGCUACGACCGAAGACGAGAUGAAUAAUUGGAUUAAUGCAAUCAACAAUGCGCUGCAAAGCGCUGUGGAGGCCGGCGGGCAAGUGCCUCAGCAGAGCCGAAAAGAACAUAUAGGGCGUGAAUUUGGACACAUGUUCACGGGCAAGAGUUCCUCGCAAUCUGGCCCACACGGCUAUUCACAGCGAAGUGAGGCCGGCGGAGUGUCACGGCGCAUCACCGUUGGUGCUAGACCCACCUACACGAGAACAAGCAGUAACAGCUACGAAGAGAAUCCGUCAAAGCUGCUUGAUCAAAUCCGAAACAAUGACCAUGGCAACCAGUUCUGUGCUGAUUGUGGCUCGGCGUCGAAGGUUGAAUGGGUAUCUCUGAAUCUGGGGAUUAUUUUGUGCAUCGAAUGUGGCGGGAUUCAUCGCUCACUGGGUACACAUGUCUCCAAGAUUCGAUCCCUGACCUUGGAUGUGCACUCUUUCACCAACGAUAUUGUCGAGCUUCUCAUGCUGAUCGGCAAUCGCAUCAGCAACAUGGUCUGGGAGGCACGGCUUGAUCGGUCUCUUAAGCCAGAUUCAAGCGCCUCCCGAGACCAGCGGCUGAAGUUCAUAACAGCCAAAUAUGUUGAGCGGGCUUACGUUGAGCCUGUGUCUCAAUACGGGUCUGCUGACGACACGUUAUUGACAUCGAUCAAGAAACAUGAUAUUCAGGGAGUCCUUCAGAGCAUUGCCCAACGAGCCAAUGUCAACGCCCACGACCGGUCUAGGAACACUCAUGCGGUGUUUCUGGCUCUCACCGCUGCCGACCCAGCUCGCCCAGUGUCUUCUCAUUCCAAUACACCGGCGGGAGGCGUCAAAGCGUUUCCCAUGGCUGAGCUAUUAGUACAGAACGGAGCCGAGAUUCCUGUCGAGCUUCCAGCUAUACCUCUAUCCGCCGCUGCGCAGUUGUACGUUGACCAGAGAACAUCUCGCGCAGUUCCGAGUCACGGCGGCCACACAGACACAUUAGGGCCCUUGCCCAUUGUGCACAGGGCCUCGCCAAUGUCAUCUUCGUCCGACGGAUCCAACAAGUUGCAAAAGCGCGGUAGUGCAGGCGCCAGAUUUGCAGGCAAAGUGGCGAGCUUGGGAGAACGAUAGUACCGUUACAGGUCGAGAAUGGAUGUUGAUGUCAUGGGCCCCAUUCUUUGUGAUUCUUUUGAGGUUCUGGACACUCCUACGCGGACUAGCUUGAGGCCGAGGAUGGUGUAUCUGGAGAGUGAUUCCUCUUGAAUAUGACUAUAUGAUGCAUGUUGCCAUGAUCUGGGAUGUUUAAAGAGGGUUAACAGGGGCAUUGUCCGUGGCUCUGGUCAAUCCAUAUUCUUCGGUGGUGGCAAAGGAUGAUUGCUGAAACUACGAAAUCUAUGCGGCAUGGGAGGUUGGGCCUUUGAAUCAACGGCCUGUUGGUCAAGAGGGCCAUCGACAAGGACGCAGGCCGGUAGCUUCUUGACCGGCCGACUUUCGUCACCCCACGAGACGGGAAAAGAAAACUUGGAUAAACGGCUUUGGAUGAGCAUAAGAUCAUGCAGAUGUAAUGUAAUUAUGAGUAUCAAGUACUAUCUAGUGAAUGCACUGAGGCAUAUUGAUUGCCCUUGGUUUGACGUCUCAAACAUCCGGUGGAGUCGAAUGAGGUUGAUCAAGAGAAGG